GGUUUCGUUUUCAUAAAUUCGCGGAACAGUGCUCGGCGAUUUUCACUUCGCGAAGUGCCGGAAAAGAGAGCAUCUCUACCGCCAUGGUGGAUUACAGCAAGUGGAAGAAAAUCGAGGUGUCAGACGAUGAGGACGAAACUCAUCCGAACAUCGACACCCCGUCGUUGUUCAAGUGGAGGCAUGAGGCUCGUAUAGAGCGCGAAGCCGAGUUCAAGAAGAAGAAACAGGACCUCUUGGACAAGGUGAAGAAAGCCGAGAAAGAAGUAGCGGAGGCCAAGAAAUCCUACGAAGGCCUGACAGGGAAGGAGCUGGACGCUGCGAAGAAAAACGCUUUGAAAGUCGAGAAGAAGCUUAAAGCCCUCAAUGAGGAGAAAGCGGCGCUCGAGAAAGAAGAGCGACUGAUGCCUCUGAAUGUUGACAAUCUAUCGAAGGACGGAUUCCAGAGGACCUAUCUCAACGAGUCGAAACCGAGGGACACGUCGAUGGAUAACCUGAGCGAGGAGGAGAAGGAAAAACUCCAAAGAGAAUUUCUGAACAAAUACGAGAAGGACAUAAAAGCCUUUGGCAUGCUCCAAAAGUUCGAUGAUUCCCGACGAUACCUCCAAGAGCGUCCUCACUUGGUUUGCAACUUCACAAACAAUUAUCUCAUCAUUUGGUGCUUGAACCUGGAAAUGGAGGAGAAGCACGACCUGGCCGCCCAUGUUGCCCAUCAGUCGACCUGCAUGAAUUACAUUCUGGAGCUAGCCAAACAGCUGGAUGUUGAUCCUCGUAGUUGCGUCAGCUCUUUCUUCAACCGAAUUCAGACCGCGGAUAAGGUCUACAAGGACGCCUUCGACGACGAGUUGAAGGCUCUGAUCAGCCGUGUGAAGAACAGAGCCCAGGAGAAAUUGGAAGUCGCUAUGAAGGAGGUUGAGGAAGAGGAACGGCAGAAAAGGCUCGGACCCGGCGGUCUCGAUCCCCAAGAAGUUUUCGCGACUUUGCCAGAGGAACUUCAGAAAUGUUUCGAGACCCGAGACAUGGAUUUAUUGAAACAAGUCAUCGUACGCAUGGAUGAGAAGGAUGCCAGGUACCACAUGAAUCGUUGUAUACAAUCCGGAUUGUGGGUCCCCGAUGCUUCCACCCUGGCGAAGGACGAAGACGAAGAGGACGCAGAACCGGGAGAAAAUACGAAGAAAAGUGGAGACGGAGCGCAAGCCGAGUCUGCCAAGUCGGCCGUCAAGGAACCGCUUGAUGUGAAGAAGAAAUCCGCUUCAGAGAGCAAAAAGCAGGAACCAGCGGAUGGAGUCGCCAAGAUUCCGACCGACAAAGAUCAGAAGUCUCCAGAGGCCAAAAAAGACGAGAGCUCGAAAGUCCCAGAUUCUGCGGAAGGCGACCACGAAGUUUGAGUCGUUCUAACUAUUUUCCUCCAUAUCCACAACAGAGAUCCCAAGAACGAGUCGAAAAUAAAACGUUGAACUCUCCCAAGUCUACGUCUCGCACUGACCGUAGGGAAGCUGUAUUCGUAGAACGAUCAGUUCCGUUAGACCAGCCUAUUUGUUCGCUGAUAUCAAAAUCGCUUGGGAGUCUCCAUGUACAGAUCGAUGUAAUAAUCACUGGACGAGAACGCAAUUUCAAUAAAGAAUCUUGCAGUGUUUGAG